AUGUCUCAAGAAAUAACUAAAGAUCCGUUCGAAUUUUGUGAUUCACCAUCACUAGCACCUAACGAUGAAUGCAAUAAUAAUCAGAUCAACAACAAACUGAAUUUAUUAUUAACAAAGAUUGAACGAAUUGAUAAGAAUGUUUUGAAGUUGAAUCAAUUAGUAGAUAUGUUAAUAUCAAAAGAAACAAUAAUGGAAAUGGCAUUAAGUAGCAUAAAUGCUGAUUAUAUUCAUACAAGAGAAAUUGUUCAUAAAACAGAAACAUCAUGCUUGAAACUAUUGAAUAUUAUUGAAGAGCGAGCAUUAUCAUAUGAACGAGCAAUUGAAGAUGCUGCAGAACAAAUUCAAACAAUUACAAACAAGGUAAUCAAUGAUAUUCAUUAA